CCCGCCCCCGAGACGUAGAGGACGCGCCGCGACAUUUCCUGCAGGGUCGCAGGUCCGGGACUCACGGCUCUGCGUUCUCUUCCGCCGGUGCAGACCUUCGGGAAGUAGGUGCAGGCCUGGUCUAAUCUUCUGUCUGUACGGAGUGGAAGAGAACAAUGCAGAAGGAUUCCGGCCCACUAGUGCCUUUACAUUGGAUUGGCUUUGGUUAUGCCGCACUGGUUGCUUCCGGUGGGAUCAUUGGCUAUGCAAAAGCAGGCAGCGUCCCGUCCCUGGCGGCCGGGCUCCUCUUCGGUGGCCUAGCGGGCCUGGGUGCCUACCAGCUGUCUCAGGAUCCAAGGAACAUUUGGGUUUUCUUAGUUACAUCUGGAACCUUGGCUGGCAUCAUGGGAAUGAGAUUCUACCACUCUGGAAAAUUUAUGCCUGCGGGCUUGAUUGCAGGUGCCAGUUUGCUGAUGGUCGCCAAACUUGGAAUUAGUGUGUUGAGUAAACCCCAUCCGUAGUAGUCACGGCCCCGCUUGGACUCAUGAAGAAUUGUUAACCUUCCCACUAUUUCUUGUGCAUUAAUACGUACAGCGUUUUCACAUAUUCUGAAAUCUUAAAACCCAAAACAACACUGAACUUUGCAGAGAAAAAAAAUCAGUCAUUAUGGUUCCGACUCUAAAGAGGUGGGUGUGUGUGACCCAAGAUCUUUCUCUCAUCGUGUCCUCAUUCAGCUUGAUUCUUUUUGUUGGUCUCCUCUCUUCUUUCUGUAUCUGUAGGUAAAAUCUCAAAGUAAAAAAGUUAGGUGUCACCACUGGGGCCCCUGAAACCCCCUGCCCUACUCAGGACCAGUGUGAAAGAAACCUUUUAAUGAGAGUUAGGGUAUCUGUUCUUUAGCUCAUCUUAGAGCACAGACCUGCUUUGAAAUUAUGUUCAAUGAAAUCAAUGAAAAUAAAGUUUUCUGUUUAUUAUUGUUA